GGCGCCGCGAUGGGCCAAGGGGACGAAAGCGAACGCAUCGUGAUCAACGUGGGCGGCACGCGCCACCAGACGUACCGCUCGACGCUGCGCACGCUGCCCGGCACGCGGCUCGCCUGGCUGGCGGAGCCCGACGCCCACAGCCAUUUCGACUAUGACCCGCGCGCAGACGAGUUCUUUUUCGACCGCCACCCAGGCGUCUUCGCGCACAUCCUGAACUACUACCGCACUGGCAAGUUGCACUGCCCCGCCGACGUGUGCGGGCCACUCUAUGAGGAGGAGCUGGCCUUCUGGGGCAUCGACGAGACCGACGUGGAGCCCUGCUGCUGGAUGACUUACCGCCAGCAUCGCGACGCAGAGGAGGCGCUCGAUAGCUUUGGCGGCGCACCCCUUGACAACAGCGCCGACGACGCGGACGCCGACGGCCCCGGCGACUCAGGCGACGGUGAGGACGAGCUGGAGAUGACCAAGCGCCUGGCGCUUAGCGACUCCCCGGACGGACGGCCGGGCGGCUUCUGGCGCCGCUGGCAGCCGCGCAUCUGGGCGCUCUUCGAGGACCCCUACUCCUCCCGCUACGCGCGGUAUGUGGCCUUCGCCUCCCUCUUCUUCAUCCUGGUCUCCAUCACCACCUUCUGCCUGGAGACCCACGAGCGCUUCAACCCCAUCGUGAACAAGACAGAGAUCGAGAAUGUUCGGAACGGCACGCAAGUGCGCUACUACCGGGAGGCGGAGACGGAGGCCUUCCUCACCUACAUUGAGGGCGUCUGUGUGGUCUGGUUCACCUUCGAGUUCCUCAUGCGUGUGGUCUUCUGCCCCAACAAGGUAGAGUUCAUCAAGAACUCGCUCAACAUCAUUGACUUUGUGGCCAUCCUCCCCUUCUACCUGGAGGUGGGCCUGAGCGGCCUAUCUUCGAAGGCCGCCAAGGACGUCCUGGGCUUCCUGCGCGUCGUCCGCUUCGUGCGUAUCCUGCGCAUCUUCAAGCUGACCCGCCAUUUUGUGGGCCUGCGGGUUCUGGGCCACACUCUCCGCGCCAGCACCAACGAGUUCUUGCUGCUUAUCAUCUUCCUGGCCCUGGGCGUCCUGAUCUUCGCCACCAUGAUCUACUACGCCGAGAGGAUAGGGGCACAGCCCAAUGACCCCAGCGCCAGCGAGCACACCCACUUUAAGAACAUCCCCAUCGGCUUCUGGUGGGCCGUGGUCACCAUGACGACGCUGGGCUACGGAGACAUGUACCCGCAGACGUGGUCCGGCAUGCUGGUGGGAGCGCUGUGUGCGCUGGCGGGUGUGCUCACCAUUGCCAUGCCUGUGCCCGUCAUCGUGAACAAUUUUGGGAUGUAUUACUCCUUAGCCAUGGCUAAGCAGAAACUACCAAAGAAAAAAAAGAAGCAUAUUCCACGGCCACCGCAGCUGGGAUCUCCCAAUUAUUGUAAAUCUGUCGUAAACUCUCCACACCACAGUACUCAGAGUGACACAUGCCCGCUGGCCCAGGAAGAAAUUUUAGAAAUUAACAGAGCAGAUUCCAAACUGAAUGGGGAGGUGGCGAAGGCCGCGCUGGCGAACGAAGACUGCCCCCACAUAGACCAGGCCCUCACUCCUGAUGAGGGCCUGCCCUUUACUCGCUCGGGCACCCGCGAGAGAUACGGACCCUGCUUCCUCUUAUCAACCGGGGAGUACGCGUGCCCACCUGGUGGAGGAAUGAGAAAGGAUCUUUGCAAAGAAAGCCCUGUCAUUGCUAAGUAUAUGCCGACAGAGGCUGUGAGAGUGACUUGACCAGGCGGCUUGGCCGAGGACACUGGUGGCUAUUAAGCAUCUGGGUGGACCAGCAGCCCCUCCUCACCCUCGGACAGAGUAAAUUCACGCCAAUGCAGGUUUGCCGGACGAGUCCGAGUGGCCCAGGUCUUGUACUAGGACGGACGUAGCUUUUUCUACGGCCAAAUGGUAACUGACCGUAGAGGAUUUCUUUUCCUUCUUUUCCUUUUCUUUUUCUUUCCUUUCCUUUUCUUUCUUUCUUUUUUUCUUUUUCUUUUUUUUUUUUUUUAACAUUUUAUUUUAUUCGGGGCGGGGGGUGGAGGGGUUCCUUAGCAUGACUUGCAUGAAGUUAAACAGAAAACCCAGCAAACCAAACCCACCAACCCUCCUGCAACUGUCAUGAUCACCCUAAACAACUACAACAACAAGAAAAAAAAACAAAAAAAAGCAAAAAGUCCUCUAUUUUCUUUCCAAGCUCUUUACUUUGACACAACGUUGCUGGAGCCAGACUGUAUCAGCGUUUGGUAGAAACCUGUACGUUUCUGGGGGCCGGGGAUUGGGGGCGGUGGGGACUGAGAAUGGAUGGAUGGCUUCCCUUUUUGUACACGAGCUCGAGAGUCAAGGUUCCCAAAAGGGCAGUCGGUCAGUCAUCGGUCAUAUUGACCUCACCUUCAUAGUUCAUCUCUCACGCGGAAACCGAGAACUUUGCUCCAAGUAGAAUUGUGGAAACGCGCACUGCUGCUUUCUUCCCUGUCUGGCAUGCUUGUGACCCAGCGGACGUCUCCCCAAGACCCCUGACAGCGGCUAGUCUAGGUUGAUUCUAUCAUCUUCUUGGUGUGUAGACCCAGUGUGACCAGCUCCCAUAACAAGUCGUUCAUAGUAAAUAAUCAACACCGUGCGGAUCUUCCGAGUGUUACCUUAGAACACCAAAAUCAGGACCACGGGAGGGGCAGCUCCCCUCCACCUCUAUUAAGGCACAACCUGGCAUUGUAUGCAAUUUAGUACUUCAGAGUAAAAAACUGCAUGCCCAAUGUGAUGCAAAGACGAUUCUAGCAUGAAAUAAAUUUUGUAUCAUGGUU